AUGAGUGAUUUUAAAUAUUCUGCCGGUGAUUAUGAUAAAGUGGCUAUACUUGAUGCUGGUUCACAAUAUGCUAAAGUAAUCGAUCGUCGUAUACGUGAACUAUUUAUUUAUUCAGAACUCGUACCAUUACAAACAUCAGUUAAUGAAUUACUAUCAUGUCAAUAUAAAGCGAUUAUUAUUUCGGGUAGUCCAGGUUCAGUCAAUGAUCCUAAUCCAGUUUAUUAUGAUCCACAAUUAUUUGAAUGUAAUCUACCAAUAUUAGGUAUUUGUUAUGGAUUACAAAUGUUAAAUAAACAACGUGGUGGUACUAUUGUACGACAAUCAGUACGAGAAGAUGGUCAAUUUCAAGUAGAACUUAAUGUAACAGAAUGUCCUCUAUUUAAAGAUAUGAAACCAUUAGAAAAUGUUUUAUUAACACAUGGAGAUAGUAUUGGACAACUUGGAGAAAAUUUAAUAAGUAUUGGUACAAGCGAAUCGUUUAUUGUUGCAUGUGCGGAUAAAGAAAAACCUAUAUAUGGAGUUCAAUUUCAUCCGGAGGUUGAUCUAACAGAGAAUGGUUUACAAGUAUUUAAAAAUUUUCUCUUCGAAAUCGCUCAUUGUCGAGCUACAUUUACAAUGGGUUGCCGAAUACAAGAUGCUUUUAGCACCAUUCGAUCAUUUGUUAAAGAUCAACCAGUUUUUGUUUUAUGUAGUGGUGGAGUUGAUAGUUCUGUUUGUGCUGCUUUAUUAACUCGUGCUUUACCAUCUGAACAAGUAAAACUUGUUAGUAUAGAUAAUGGAUUUUUACGACAUAAUGAAAGUAAUGAAAUUCGUGAAACUUUAUCUCAAUUUGCAACUGUUAAUUAUAUUGAUGCUAGUCAACGUUUUUUUAAAGCAAAAACUUAUGUUCGAGUAAAAACAACAUUAGCACCAAACGAAAUAACACCACGACGUCCAUCAAUAUCAACAAAUUUUUUAAGUUUAUUUGAUGCUGAUAUGUUACUUGAAGAAACUUUACCAUUAAAUGAAGAAGUUGAUCCUGAACAUAAACGUAAAAUUAUUGGUGAUACAUUUAUUAAAGUUGUACAAGAAUUUUUACGUAAUAAUAAUUUUACAUUUGAUGAUAUUAUCUUAGCACAAGGUACAUUAAGACCGGAUUUAAUAGAAAGUGCAUCUCAUUUGGCAUCUCAAGGUGGUCAUGCUGAUGCUAUUAAAACACAUCAUAAUGAUUCACCAAUGGUACGUGCAUUACGUAAACUUAAUCGUGUUAUUGAACCAUUAAAAGAUUUUCAUAAAGAUGAAGUAAGACAAAUUGGUUUAACAUUAGGUCUUCAUUCUGAUGUUAUUUAUCGUCAUCCAUUUCCUGGACCAGGUCUAGCUAUACGAAUUUUAUGCGUCGAUGAACCAUAUAUGCCUGUUGAAUAUUUUUCACAAACAUCAUCAUUAUUAAAAACAAUAAUUAAUUAUUCAACAAUGGCUGAAAAACAAGAUACUUUAUUAGCAACAUUAGAUAUGGUUUUUACUGCAAAUGAAAAAUUACUUUUGAAAACUCUUACAUCAUCUGAUCAACAUGAUUAUACAUCCGUAUUGUUACCAAUUCGCAGUGUUGGCGUACAAGGUGAUGCUCGUACAUAUAGUUUUGCUGCAGCAAUUAGUUCAAAUGAUGAAAAACCAAAUUGGAAUGAAUUAUUUAUUCUUGCACGAAUGAUUACAAAGGCUUGUCAUCAUAUUAAUCGAGUUGUCUAUAUUCUUGGUAAAAAAAUUCUUGAUUCGAAAAUAACACAAGUUACACGCACAACAUUAACAUCAGAUAUUAUUGAUAAAGCUCGUUCUUGUGAUUAUCAUGCUAUGAUGAUUAUGAAACAAUAUGGUGCUUAUAAUUCAAUAAGUCAAAUGCCAGUUGUAUUAAUACCAAUUGAAUUUGAUAGAGAAUAUGCUAAAGAAAUGAAUGAUAAAAGAGAAGAACAGAUAAUUUCAGAUACAAAUAUUCAACCGAUAAUUUAUAGUUGUCAACAUUCAGUUGUUUUACGUACAUUUCUUACUAAAGAUUUCAUGACUGGAAAAUCAGCUGUACCUGGAGAAACAUUUCCUCUUGAUAUGUUAAAUGAUAUAUAUCAAACAAUUAAAACUAAUGUACCAGGUAUAAGUCGAAUAUUAUAUGAUUUAACAUCAAAACCACCAGCAACAACUGAAUGGGAAUGA